AGAGGUCAUAAGGCGCACUUCCUGGAGUUACAGAGCCCAUUCAAAAUAAAGUAAGAAAACCAAGAGAGGGGUGAGCGUCAUAGAUGGAAAAAGAUAGUUAUGCAAAUAUCGAGUCGUCGAGAGCAACUUCUAUUGCGGCUGCAACCAUCAGUCCUAUUGCUUACUUUCAGUCUGCGGUGAUCGUGCAAGAUGAUUUUCCAACUUUUCGUUCCUGUCCUGCUGUUGCUGCUCUUCACCCUUGCCGGGUUAAGCUGCAUCAAACCUAAAAUGUUCCCACCAGGGCCAGCUUGGUUUCCAUUUGUGGGAUGCUUUUUGCAAUUCCAACAGCUUUACCGAAAAAUCGGAUACUGCCACUUGAUCUGGGCGAAAUGGGCCGAAAAAUACGGACCUAUUAUCGGACUGAAACUGGGCAAAGACAAAAUCGUAGUGGUGAGCGGCUACAAGGCGAUCAAGCACGCUUACUCCAAGGAAGAUUUCGACGGCAGACCUGACGGAUUUUUCUUCAGGAUGAGGACCUUUCAUCAAAGAUUGGGAGUUGUAUUUGUGGACGGUGAGCUGUGGAGCGAGCAGAGAAAAUUCACAACGCGCCACUUGCGCACAUUGGGAAUGGGCACCAAUUCGAUGGAAAAUAUUAUCAACGAGGAGGUCGAGGCGCUUAUUCGCAGUUUAAACGACAAAAUUGGACAAAACAAGGAGAGCAUGGAAUUGGAGCUGCACAACUUGUGCGACAUCAGCAUUUUGAACACCCUGUGGGCCGUGGUGGCUGGCAAGCGAUUCGAGCUGGAAGACCCGCGGCUGAUCAAAAUGUUCAAGCUGCAGCACGCUUCUUUCCGCGCAAUAGAUAUGUCUGGCGGGCUGCUCAACCAAAUGCCAUUCCUGCGCCACGUGAUGCCUGAAAGAACCGGAUACAAAAACCUCAUGGAGAACACCUUGGCUAACUACCAAUUUUUAAGGGAAACUCUAGAGGAGCACAAAGAAACACACGUGCCCGGCGAACACAAUGAUCUGAUCGACGCAUUUAUUGACGAAAUUGAUGGCAAAAAGGAUUCGAAUUUCACUGACGAGCAGUUGCUCGCUUUGUGCCAGGACCUUUUCAUGGCGGGAUCGGAGACGACAAGCACCACACUAGGGUUUUUGUUUGAAAAAUUCUUGAUCUAUCAAAAAAUGCAGUCCAGAGUGCAGAACGACAUUGACGCAGUAGUUGGACGAGGCCGACUUCCCAACCUCUCUGAUAGGACUCAAUUGCCGUACUUAGAGGCGAUUAUCAUGGAGACGCAGAGGCUCAUAAGCAUCGCUCCGAUAACAGUUCCACACCGAGCUACUAAGGAUGUAGAAAUAUAUGGGCACGUUGUACCAAAGGACACAACUGUCCUUUACAGCAUCUGGAGCAUUCACAUGGAAAAAGAGCACUGGAAGGAUCCUGAGAACUUUCGUCCUGAGAGGUUUUUGAACAAGUCUGGAGACGCCGUCAUCAAGGAUGAAUGGUUCAUGCCCUUUGGAUUAGGCAAAAGGAGGUGUCUUGGUGAGGCUCAGGCGAAGAACAGCCUUUUCCUCUUCAUGGCUGGCUUGCUCCAGAACUUUUCCUUUGUGCCGAUUGCAGGAGGUAUAAAAGAUGAAAAACCAUUUGAUGGAGUUACUCUAUCUCCAAAACCCUUCAAGGGGCUCAUCAAACGUCGACUUUAAUUUGAAUAAAAAUAAAAGCCCUGUCUAUUCAUA